UAACAAAUGUACAAUAAUAGUGCGUCACGUCCCCUUAUUUACCGCGCCACUUCCGUCCUGUUUAGAUAACCAUAACAAACAUGGCGACUUACAGGCAGGUCGGCAGAUUGUUGGGUAUUUCAGGAAGACUUUCUCGUCCUCUUGCUGUCAGUGGGUUUCAGAGCACUGGAUUACACUUGCCUUCACAUACCACAGGAGUUUCGAACAGAUGGCCCUCAAACCCCAUCUGGAUUGUUCCUGGAAGAACCAUGUUUGUGCAGACCCAGGAUACACCAAAUCCAAACAGCAUGAAGUUCCUGCCUGGCCGGACAGUUCUUGAAACAGGAACUAUGAAUUUUGCCGGCCCUCGUGAGGCACACUGCUCACCUCUAGCCAGGCAGCUGUUUAGGAUCGAUGGAGUGAAGAGUGUGUUCCUGGGCCCUGACUUUAUUACCAUAACGAAGGCCGACCCAAAUUUGGAAUGGAAGGUAAUUAAGCCUGAUGUGUUUGCUACCAUUAUGGACUUUUUUACCUCCGGGCUUCCUGUUGUAAACGAGGACAGCCAGCCAAGCCCAGAUACAGCACCAUCAGAUGAUGACGACGAGGUAGUUGCUAUGAUUAAAGAACUACUAGAUACUCGAAUAAGGCCAACUGUGCAAGAGGACGGGGGAGAUGUUCUAUACCGCGGAUUUGAAGAUGGCGUUGUUAAACUCAAGCUGCAGGGCUCUUGCACCAGUUGCCCCAGUUCAAUUGUGACUUUGAAGAGUGGCAUCCAAAACAUGCUACAAUUUUAUGUACCUGAGGUUGAAUCAGUGGAACAGGUGAAGGAUGAGGAGGAGGAGGCUGCUCAAGUCUGAACCACUGAAAUCAUAUGUACACAUUCCUGUCUCUACCAGCUGCCGACUUUAAUGCAAGCAAUAGUUGCAAUAAAA